CCUAGCUGAGACAGGCACGCAGCGCGGGAGCGGCCGCUGGGGCGCGGGCGGGCGGUUCGGGCGCUGGGAGCGGGGAAGCCCGGCUCUCGGGCUAUGGCUCCCUGGGCGGGGGUCGAGCUCUCCGCGCUGAACCCGCUGCGCGCUCUGUGGCUCGCGCUGACCGCCGCCUUCCUGCUGACCCUGGUGCUGCAGCUCGUGCCGGCCAGCCUGGUCCCCGGCUGCGCGCUCUUCCAGGACCUGAUCCGCUAUGGGAAAACCAAGCGUGAGGGGACGUCGCGCUCGGCCGCCUGCCGGGUCUUUGAUGUCCCCAAGAGGUAUUUUUCUCACUUCUAUAUCAUCUCAGUGCUGUGGAAUGGCUUCCUGCUUUGGCACCUUACUCAGUCUCUGUUCCUGGGAGUGCCUUUUCCAUACUGGCUGCAUGGUUUGCUCAGAAUUCUCGGGGCUGCCCAGUUCCAAGGGAGUGAGCUGGCGCUGUCUGCAUUCUUAGUGUUAGUAUUUCUGUGGCUCCACAGCCUGAGAAGGCUCUUCGAGUGCUUCUAUGUCAGUGUCUUCUCCAAUGCUGUGAUUCACGUUGUGCAGUACUGUUUUGGACUCGUCUACUACGUCCUCAUCGGCCUAACUGUGCUGAGCCAAGUGCCAAUGGACGGCAGAAAUGUCUAUGUGAUAGGGAAAAAUCUCUUGAUGCAAGCCCGGUGGUUCCAUAUCCUCGGAAUGAUGAUGUUUAUCUGGUCAUCUGUCCAUCAGUACAAGUGCCAUGUCAUUCUCGGCAAUCUCAGGAAAAAUAAAGCAGGAGUGGUCAUUCACUGUAACCACCGAAUCCCUUUCGGAGACUGGUUUGAAUACGUUUCUUCCCCUAACUACUUAGCAGAGCUGAUGAUCUACAUUUCCAUGGCUGUCACCUUUGGAUUCCACAACUUAACUUGGUGGCUAGUGGUGACAUAUGUUUUCUUCAGCCAGGCCCUGUCUGCUUUGCUCAGUCACAAAUUCUACAAAAGCAAAUUUGUCUCCUAUCCAAAGCAUAGGAAAGCUUUCCUACCAUUUCUGUUUUAACAUAAUCCCAGUCCCGAAGAAGGCAAACCAGAUGACAGGUUCAGUUCCUGCGGACAACAAUGUCUAGGGACCAAAGUACAAUUUCUGCAGAACUGUUUGAAACUCUGUUUCCUUUAUACACCCAAAGUCUUCACUGAAUGAGCAAAGCAAUACCCCUCAAGAAAAUGAAUCUUCAAAGAAGAAAUAACUUCUGGCAAACCGGGGAGUGCUGUGUCUGCCUUCCGAGAUGCUUUAUAAAACCAACCAGCUGCUGAGAAGUAGAUGAGCUUCUCCAAGUGCUUCAAAAGCAAAGUAACCAAGAAUGUACAAACAGCUUCACACAUGCACAUACAUCCACAAAGGAAGAGAGAAGACCAUCUGUGGCUUUGGUUUUGUUAGGGACAAAUGAACUGAACUACAUAAUAAGCAAUAUAAUAAGUGCUCAGUAACUGUUGCAUUUCAAUAAAAGCAGAAAAGCUUUUGAAAAUAAUAAUAUAUUAUUUCACACCAACAGAUUCAGGGAAAAAUGACUUUGUUGGAAAUAGUUUAUACUUUCACAUGUGGCCACAAAUAUUUCCAGUUAUGUAACCAGCAACAGUGGUUUCCACUCCUCUCCCCCUCAAAUCAUAGCCUAACAGAAAAUUUGAAACUUCUUUUAUUUAAUACUUUUUUGACAUCCCUUUCAAGGAAGUACCUUAAAAGUGAAAGCAUCUGAAAAUAAAAUAUUUUUAUAUUUAUGUGUAAA